AUGAAUCCUUUUUUUGAGAUGCCUCUUGACGAGCAACUCCAUCGGAUAACCGUGACAUCGGUUAUCAGUGUCAGCUCGUACAUUGUGAUGCGAGCACUUCAGAUUUUCUCUGGACUCAAGUUCCCAUCAACUGGACCUAAUGAGCUCAUGUUCUUCGACUCACUUCUUGCUGUUUCAGUAGGAUGUGUCUCAACUUUCCGCACUUUGAACUCUCACUGUGGUAAAAUGGUCUGUUUUGUGUUCAUCCGUAUGGUGUUCCUUCUAGUCAUCGGCAUAUGUCUCUAUUACGACCCAACGCUCUUUGGCUCCGAUGCCCCAGCUUUUGAUUUCGCAAUCUCCUGGAUGUUGUUCUCCAUCUACACCACCUCUUCCACUGCUUGUAUCACUAUCUGCUUUGUCGUCUUCUACACCGAGGAAAUCUUUCAACGAUUCUCGUGGAACUAUUGUUCUGAGAGCUGCUGCCCAACGGAAGUCACUCAAGAAAACGAUGAGCAUCUUCCUGGUUACCACGAUGUGGUUUCUCUCUGCUCCCUUCCACCGACCUACGCGCAAGCUAUGGCCAGUCGCCCACCAGAAAUUGCAGGAUACACCCCACUUUCUACUCCAACGGUCACAACUCCACUCUCUCCAGUUAAUACAAUCAUCUCAAUGACAAGCAGUGGUGGCGUUCGUUACAAUCGGUACCAGGCAGAUGCUGAGGAAACCAUGUGUUGA